GUGUCAUUUCUUCAGCGUUGCCACAUGGAAAGAUAUAAUCAAAUAUUUGCCACCUGAGCCCGCAGCGCCCUCUACUGUCCUGUCUGUUGUGCCGGCCCAUAUAAAUGUAUAACUAUAACUGUAUUACUGUAGAACUGUAGAACUGUAGAACUUCAGCCCUUUGCUUUGUAUCAGUUGGUUUUUUGCAUUCCAUGUUUGUUUGAUUAAAUCCAACUAUUCGAAUGCAAGUCAGCCACACCUCCAUCAUGUUACAGGACAUUGGUUUCAAGUGUUUUGCAUAAUCUGGUAUGUGGCUUCUUAAGCAUCCUGUAACGCCAAGAUCUUGUUGUAGUUGUUUUACUGUCUCAGACUGCCUCAACUCUUUCCCUUUCUGUUGGUCUUCCAUUGUUGGUAUCACUUUGUAACCUGUUUUGAAUCCUAAGAACCUCAGUCUUUUAUAUGUUAUUUUUUAAACCGCCAUCUGCACAUCUUUGGACCACUUUUUGCUCAGGUGUUUUUCUUCAACGUGUCUGGUGAUCUACAAUGCCCACUACUGUAAAAGAUCAGCUGUUGGCCACUCUGGAAGAGCUGAAAGACACAGACAUGAAUACAUUUAAAUGGCACCUAAAGCAGCCUGAAGGGUUGACCUCUCGUAAAGACUUAAACCACAUCCCAGAGGGAAGGAUAGAAGGUGCUAAGAGAGAAGACACAGUGGAUAUGAUGGUGCAGGGAUACGGUUGUGACAAAGCUAAGGAGAUCUCAAUGGAGAUCUUUGAAAAGAUGAAGAGGAAUGAUCUUGCUGAGAGAUUAAUGAAGAAACACAAUACAAAUGACUGUGCUAAUGAUUGCCAAGCUGAAGCAAUAAUAAAACUCAAAGACAGGCUGAAGAGGACCUCUGAAAAAAUAUCUGAGGGUAUCGCUAAACAAGGAAGUACAAAAUAUCUAGAAAACAUCUACACAGAGCUCUACAUCACGGAGGGUGGAAGUGGAGAGGUCAAUAAUGAACAUGAGGUGAGACGACUUGAGACAACAACUAAGAAAAAAACAAGACCAGAGACAGCAAUCAAAUGUAAUGACAUCUUCAAACCCACACCUGGACAAGACAAACCUAUCAGAACUGUGCUGACAAAGGGUGUUGCUGGAAUUGGAAAAACAGUCUCUGUGCAGAAGUUCAUUCUGGACUGGGCUGAAGGAGAAGCCAAUCAGGAUGUCCAAUUUGUAUUUUCACUCCCUUUUAGAGAGCUGAAUUUGAGGAAAGAGGAAGAACUCAGUUUGAUUCAACUCAUCAAUCAUUUCUCAAUUGAAACCAAAGAAGCAAAAAUCUCUAACUACAACAAAUACAAAGUUGUGUUAAUCUUUGAUGGUCUGGAUGAGUGCCGACUGCCCCUUGACUUCAAGAACAACAAGAGCUGUUAUGAUGUCACAGAGUCAACCUCAGUGGAUGUGCUGCUGACAAACCUCAUCAAGGGAAAUCUGCUUCCCUCUGCUCUCCUCUGGGUAACUACCAGACCUGCAGCAGCCAAUCAGAUCCCUUCACGGUGUGUUGACCAGGUGACAGAGGUGAGAGGGUUCAAUGACCCUCAGAAAGAGGAGUACUUCAGGAAGAGAUUCAGUAAUGAGGUCAUGGCCAGCAGAAUCAUCUCACACAUAAAGACAUCAAGGAGCCUCCACAUCAUGUGUCACAUACCAGUCUUCUGUUGGAUCACUGCUACAGUCCUUAAGGACAUGUUGACUACAGAUGAUAAAGUAGAGCUGCCCAAGACCCUAACAGACAUGUACUCACACUUCCUGGUGUUUCAGUCCAAACACAGGAAUGUAAAGUAUGAUGGGAAAAAUGAAACAGAUCCACACUGGAGGAAAGAGAGCAUUCUGACACUGGGAAAACUGGCUUUUCAGCAGCUACAGAAAGGCAAUCUGAUCUUCUAUGAAGAAGACCUAAAAGAGUGUGGCAUUGAUAUCAAUGAAGCAUCAGUGUACUCAGGAGUCUGUACACAGAUCUUUAAAGAGGAAUGUGGGCUGUACCAGAACAAGGUGUACUGCUUUGUCCAUCUGAGUAUUCAGGAGUUUCUAGCUGCUGUAUAUGUGUUUCACUCAAUCAUCAACACCAAUGAGAAUCUAAUGGAUGAACAGCAAUCAACCGACAGAUAUGUUUGGAUGUGGUUAGAGACUGAAGGCACAUUCUACAAGACUGCUGUGGAUAAAGCCUUGCGGAGUAAGACUGGACAUCUGGACCUUUUCCUCCGCUUCCUUCUGGGUCUCUCACUGGAGUCAAAUCAGAAGCAUUUACGAGGUCUACUGACAAAGACCAGAAGCAGCUCACAGAGCCAUGAAGAAACAGUCAAGUACAUAAAGGAGAAGAUCAGGGAGAAUCCCUCUUCAGAGAGGUGCAUCAAUCUGUUCCACUGUCUGAAUGAACUGAAUGACCAUACUCUAGUGGAGGAGAUCCAAAGAUACCUGAGUUCAGGAAAUCUCUCCAGAGAAGAACUGUCUCCUGCACAGUGGUCUGCUCUGGCCUUUGUGUUACUGACUUCAGAAGAGGAGAUUGAUGUUUUUGACCUGAAGAAAUACUCCACAUCACAGAAAGGUCUUCUGGGGUUGCUGCCAGUGAUCAAAACCUGCAGAACUGCUCUACUGGCAGGUUGUGGAAUCACUGAGGAAGGACAAGUCUCAGCUCUGAAGUCAAUCCCCUCACACCUGAAAGAACUGGAUCUGAGUAACAAUGACCUGAAGGAUACAGGAGUAGAGCAGCUCUCUGCUUGGCUUGAGGAUCCACAAUGUAGACAGGAGACUCUGAGACUGGCAGGUUGUGGAAUCACUGAGGAAGGAUGUGCUUCUCUGGUCUCAGCCCUGAAGUCAAACCCCUCACACCUGAAAGAACUGGAUCUGAGUAACAAUGACCUGAAGGAUACAGGAGUAGAGCAGCUCUCUGCUUUGCUGAAGGAUCCAAAAUGUAGACUGGAGAAUCUGAGACUGGCAGGUUGUGGAAUCACUGAGGAAGGAUGUGCUUCUCUGGUCUCAGCCCUGAAGUCAAACCCCUCACACCUGAAAGAACUGGAUCUGAGUAACAAUGACCUGAAGGAUACAGGAGUAGAGCAGCUCUCUGCUUUGCUGAAGGAUCCAAAAUGUAGACUGGAGAAUCUGAGGUUGUCAGGCUGCAUGAUCACAGAGGAAGGCUGUGUCUCUCUGGUCUCAGCUCUGAUUUCAAAUCCCUCACAUCUGAAAGAGCUGGAUCUGGUAAACGGCACACAUUUACACAGCUGUCCAGGGGUGAAGUUUCAUCAAAAAUAUCCUCCAAAAGGAUAUAGAAAUAGUUGGUGUGAAAGAGAGAUUGCUUGUCACUGUAUGACAGUCUUCUGCUUUUUCCACAGUCUGGAGCAUGGUGGAAAGUGCAGGCUAAUAUCAGGACUGAAGAAAUAUGCCUGUGAGCUCAUACUGGACCCAAACACACCACUCUGGAAGCUCUCUCUGUCUGAGCAGAACAGAAAGGUGACACAUGGAAGAGUGGGGACAUAUCCUGAUCACCCAGAGAGAUUUGAGAAUCAGGGACAGGUGCUGUGUAAAGAGAGUCUGUCUGGACGCUGUUACUUUGAGGUUGAGAGGACAGGGGGAGAGGCUGCAAUAGGACUGACAUACAAAGGAAUCAGCAGGAAAGGAGACAGUUAUGACAGUGUUCUCGGAAACUAUAACAAGUCCUGGUGUCUCUACUGUGAUGAUGGCAGGUACUCAGCCAUGCACAAUAACAAGGAGACUGAUAUACCUGUCACCUCCUCAGAUUCCCACAGAGUAGGAGUGUAUCUGGACUGGCCAGCCGGCACUCUGUCCUUCUACAGGGUCUCCUCUGACACACUGACCCACCUGUACACAUUCAUCACCACAUUCACUGAGCCCCUCUAUCCAGGGUUUAGGGUUUAUGAACACUCCAUGGUGUCCUUGUGUCAGUAGGACACACCCUAGUAAAACACUGAGAAUAACUCAAUAAGUCAUAACCAUUAAUCCAGUUCCAUCCUGCUGUUUUGUUUGGCUUGCCAUAACACUGCUGACAACAUCGCCAACUACAC